AUCGAAUGAAAAUGAAGGAAGAACGAUAGCAUGUUAGAAUAAUGUUCAAGAGGAAUUUUUUGUCAUUUCUUAUUGGUCUCUUUAGUUUGAUCAACAUUGAGUCGGCCAUAAUGUCUGUGAAAGCAAAUAUUUUAAAUACUAUUUUAGGAGUACCGUCAGAGUGUCUCCAUCAGGGUAAUGUGUGGCCCUGUAAGCUUUCAUUUUCUUGCUGGCUGCAAGGUGGAAAGCAUACGCAUGGUUGCGGUAGCAAUAAAUGGUUAUUCUCUUGUUGCGUGAUUGCCAAUGGUAAUAUAUCACCAGCGAUUGACUUGAAUGAAAAUACUUUCGGCGUGUACGGGAAGAAAGGAAUCACUUUACCCAAACGAGUUCUUUUACGCAGGCGAGAGAACAAUGAAAUAUUUUCAAAGCCUGAAUGUGGUUUAGCACGAACGUUUCAAAAUACCUUAAGGAAGCGUAUCAUUGGCGGAAGGCCGGCACAAUUUGCUGAAUAUCCAUGGCAAGCUCACAUACGUAUUGGCGAAUAUCAGUGCGGGGGUGUGCUUAUCUCUAGUAAUAUGGUGGCGACUGCGGCGCAUUGUAUUCAACAAGCAAGACUUCAAGACAUUUCAGUUUAUUUAGGGGAAUUGGAUACGCAGAAUUUGGGCCAUGCUGAAGAACCACUACCACCGGAAAAAUACAAUGUCAUACAAAAGCUAAUACAUCCGCGUUUCGAAUUUCGUAUGACGCAACCGGAUCGUUAUGAUUUGGCUUUACUAAAAUUGGCCAAGCCUACUGGGUUUAGCGAACACAUUUUGCCAAUAUGUCUACCUCAACAUCACAUACGAUUAGUGGGGCGAAAGGCUAUAGUUGCCGGAUGGGGUAAAACCGAGGCUAGUUUGGGUCAAGCGGGCACUAAUAUGUUGCAAGUUGCGAGCGUCCCCAUUAUAACAUCCUUAGAAUGCUUGCGCUGGCAUGAAAUCAAAAAUAUUGAAGUGGAACUUUAUGGUGAAAUGUUUUGCGCCGGACACUCAGAUGGUCAUCAAGAUGCUUGUUUAGGCGAUUCCGGUGGACCUCUUAUUAUUAAGGAACGAGGUCGUUACACUUUGGUGGGAAUAACCAGUGCUGGAUUCGGUUGCGGAGUUGAUUAUCAACCGGGCAUUUAUCACAACGUUCAGAAAACGUCAAAAUGGAUUCAAGAAAUUCUAACAAGACAUGCAAUGACUGUUGUUAUUCGGCAGACAGUUUCAGAAAUUGUGGUCAAAGAGAUUCAUGCUACGUUCAAACAAACGAUAUUUUAUAAAAUUACUCUUCCUGUCAUCAUGAACAUCUCUAGUCUGAACGGCUUUAACAUAGUAAUAAUAAAUGAUAAAUGGCUUUACUGUCAUUUGCUAAUCCUAUUAGUAUUUAAUGGAAUAACAAAUGGUGUAGUUUAUCAUAACUCGAUCUAUAAUGAGGCCAUCACUCCUGCUUUAAGACAAAGCAUUCAAAGAGAUUUACCCAAAGAAGCAAAGUUUUUCGAUGAUUUUGAUCUGAUACCACAGACCUGCAGAUAUCGUGGUAAAAAAUUCGAAUGUGGUCUUUCGAUAUCUUGCGUUUUAAGCGGUGGUAAGCCAGUGGACUUAUGCUCAGGCGGCAUGAUAUGGUCAUGUUGUGUAGAUAAGGAAUUCAAUGAAGAGAUCAACACGAACGCCGGACAAGUCAACAAUACCAGUGAUAUCGUACAUUUAUAUGACAUAUAUCAGGAUUUAAAGUAUCACCAAAAACAUCAAGCCAAUGUAGUUACAAGCGGUUCUUCCUCCUCAGCUUAUAUAACGUCACAAGUUAAACCUUUACAUCACACAAACUCUUUCGGCGCGCCGACAGUUGCACAUGCUGAUUACAGCCAUCAGAAUCAAGUAUCCAGCUCCACAAUUGGAAACUUUUACACCACAAAACGGCCGCUGUAUCAUAAUUACUUUUAUGGUCAAAAACCUUAUAUGAAUCGACCCGGAUCACAAGUUCUCGAUUUUAAUGAUUUUAAUGGGCAGGAGAGUGCAACGGGCAUUGCGAAUCAGAUAGAUCUUGUAUUCGAUGCAUUACCCCAAUCGCAUAAAAAGAAACCCGUAGGUGUAGGCAGCAGUACGUACGUUUUCUCUGAAAAUGAACAUAAUUUUGCUUCAGGUCAUAUUACGGGAUCAGACGCUGUCGAAACCGCUGACAAGUAUAAUCAUAUUGAGAGCUCAAUAUCAACGUAUCAAAGUGACGCAUUUCAACCUGUACCUGAUUGUGGAGAAGUUUAUAGUCGUUCUAAUCGGAUAGUAGGCGGCCAUUCAACUGGCUUCGGUUCGCAUCCUUGGCAGGUAGCUUUAAUUAAAAGUGGUUUCCUAUCGCGUAAGCUUAGUUGCGGCGGAGCUCUUAUCUCCAGCCGUUGGAUAGUUACAGCCGCUCACUGCGUUGCCACAACACCGAAUUCAAAUAUGAGAAUUCGUUUAGGAGAAUGGGACGUUCGGGGACAAGAAGAACGUCUCCAUCACGAAGAGUACGGUGUUGAACGGAAGGAAGUUCAUCCUAAUUAUAAUCCCGCUGAUUUUAAAAACGAUUUAGCCUUAAUUCGUUUAGAUCGCAGCGUAGUUUUCAGACAGCAUAUAAUACCUGUAUGCUUACCACCUCCGUCGACUAAAUUAGUGGGUAAGAUGGCAACCGUUGCCGGUUGGGGUAGAACCAGACAUGGCCAGAGUACAGUACCGUCAGUUUUGCAGGAAGUCGAUGUAGAAGUUUUAUCUAACGAUCGUUGCCAGCGUUGGUUCCGGGCAGCUGGGAGGCGAGAAAGCAUUAAUGAAGUAUUUUUAUGCGCCGGUUAUAAGGAGGGUGGUCGCGAUUCGUGCCAAGGAGACUCUGGCGGCCCGCUCACUCUUACUCUUGAUGGUCGAAAAACACUUAUAGGUUUAGUAUCAUGGGGCAUCGGUUGUGGUCGCGAACACCUACCCGGUGUUUAUACAAAUAUACAAAGAUUUGUUCCCUGGAUUCAAAAAGUUAUGGCCAACGAAAAAGCAUCGUAGCAUUAUUGAACUUGAAAUUUUCCUCAAGAUAUGUGAUGUUUACUAUCACAACGAGUCCGCCGAAAAAUUCUAUCACCUAUGAACCAUAUAUUCGAUCUUGGAUAUUCUAAAAAUUAUUACGAAGCAUGUGCUGGAGGAAAGAGGAAAGCUUAUAAUAUCAACCGAUAAUU